AUGGCAGGGUCCGAUCCGAGGCGGUCGUCAAGAGCGCGAGCCUCUCAAUCACAAUCGCAAAUAUCUUCUACCACGUCGAGCACGUCAGGUCGUGGUGAGCGCAGCACCAGGUAUUUCAACAAGGCUGUUUCACCACAAAAGUCAAGUUCUUCAGGAUCGCUAUCCUCCGAAGCCCCAGACGAGACAAUUACAGCCGACGAUUCGUUUGGAACACGACGUCGUACCCGCGGCCAGCAGGAAGAAAAAGAUAGGGCAAAUAACAAGUCUGAGCAGGUCGAAAUGGCACACGGCGACGAUGAUGCCCAGGACGAGGACGAGGCCGUCCGUUGCAUUUGCGGCUACGAGGACUACCCAGGCCCUCCACCCCUCGACGAAGACUCCAGGCACGGCUUCAAGGACGGCAUGGACAUCGACCCUAUAUUCGCGACCGAUGUCACCGACGACGCGGCCGGUUUUUUCGUACAAUGCGACGUUUGCAAAGUUUGGCAACAUGGCGCCUGCGUUGGCAUCAUGACUGAAGAAUCGAGCCCAGACGAAUAUUAUUGCGAAGAGUGCAAAAAAGACUUCCACAAGAUCUUUACAGCAAGCAACGGACAACGGUAUUCGCACUACCUACCCCUCAAGCGCCCAUCUCGAACAACUUCUAGAUCCGCCUCUCUCAAUAAGGAUGACACGAGAUCACCGCCCAAGGAUAAACCAGAGGGCCGCAACGGACGUGGUACGACCACUUCCUCCGCAUCGAAGCGAAGAUCUACAAUGAACAGCCGAGGAGCUGACUACGACGAAGCUGAAGCCCUGAGACGGGCGAUUGAAGCAAGCAAAGAAGAGGCAGCUCCCGAACAAACCGAACCCACCACGAGAAGAACAAAGCGAGGCAGAAGCGAUAGCGAAGAAAAGCUAGAAAGCAAGAGGCAGAGGACGAGCUCUCGGUCAGCCUCUCCCAGCCUCGACAAGACUACCGAGGACUCUGACGACGCUGGCACAACGACGCGAAAUGGUACAAAAUCCAGAUCGCGGGGCGGCGCAGCAGGCCGCACUCUGCGCACAGAGAAGACAGAUGAAAGAGAGGAGCGAGAAAGACAAAGGGCUGAGGCAGCAAACAAGCGAAAGGGUAGAGCCGAACGCCGGCGAGCUGAUGAUUCAGACCCUUCGGACGAGUUACCACUAGCAGCUCGUGCGGCAGUGAACAAGACGCCCGUUACGGCAACACCUGUCGUAACCACCACCGCCACGACUACUGCCACAACUACUACUACGGCAACUCCUACAGCUGCGGAAGAAACAGUUGAACAGGAAGAACAACCACCGGCGGUAUCGGAACCCCCUCCUGCCUCGCAGACGACGCCGGAAGAUCCUCCGGCUGCGGCUACUCCCACGACAACCAAGAUGGAUAAGAAGCGGUCACAUAAGAAGAAGGGUCGUAACCAAUACACACGUGAUGACAACGAGCCAUCACCCGCUCGGUCGCAGUCAGGAGAGGCACCAGCCGAAAUACCGCCUCCUCCUCCUCCCCCUCCUCCAAAGCCAAGUAAGGCCGAGGAAAAGGCUACCGGGCAUGGAAAACACGGGAAGAACAAGGGUGGAAUGAACAGCAAGAUCACCAUGACCGACAUGAAGAGGAGGGCUGCGGCACUCCUAGACUUCAUUUCACGGACUCAGGUUGAGCUUGCCGGCGAGUCGCCGUCGGAUGAUGAUAAGACCAACGGCAACAGCGUCGCGCUACCUGAAAAGCCGGUGUUGGCACCAUCAGGGCCUAACGAGGUCAAUGGCUCGACCCCAGCCGCCGUCAUGACCUCCGCCGAUGGGCAGCUAGAGAGGGAUUUCAAGGAACUCAGUUGCGUGGAGAUGAUGGAUAGCUUGACCCGAAGACUGGUCAAGUGGCAGCAAGAGUAUACAGUAUGA